ACCGUUAGACAUAAGGGACAAUUUUUGUCAUUUUCUCAAAAAAAAAAUAAAAGAUUCCCUUAAUUCUUUCAGCUUAGAAGAAAGAACAUGAGGGCUUAAGGGAAGUGUAUCUGCAAUCAACAAAAUGCCAAUCAAAUGGGUUUUACAUUGGCAGCCAAAUGCAGGGACAACAGUGAACAGUCAAAUAGUGAGUGAAGUAUCACAAUGUGUUGAGAGUAUUAAUGGUCUUAAACAAGGAAGAUGGAAAGCUACUCUUAGCUUCUAUAAACCCAUGCUUAGAGAUCAAGCAAAUGCAAUGGAGUUUCCUCGAGACUUUUUGGGAAUUUCACUUCAAGAACAGCCCAACAAGUAUUACUUUGUAAUUAGAGGGCAACGGAUGAUCUUAGAAGCAGAGUCAUCAAUUCAGACGAUAAUGGAGAAGCUGCAGUCUUACAAAACGAGGGUUGCACUUAAUUUUGAGGGGUUUCAGUAUCAACUUGGUGACUUCCAGCUGCGAGUGGGAAAGGUUGUUCCAAUCCACUCUGAGAACUUGAGGGGAAUAGUUAUGGAGAUGGAGUAUCUUCCGAUUUCCUCAUGGGAGAAAUCACACCAGAUUAUGGGUGAAUUCUUUGACAUAUGGCAGGAAGCUCUUGCAAAAAGAUCAUUACCAGGUCAUUUUGUGCACAUUGAACCAAUUUUUUCAGAGUUUGGCCUCUCUGAUCAAUACACUUCACAACACACAGCUGUGCAGUAUGCUAGCAUCAUGGCUCAAAUGAUAGCAACAGCUCAAUCAGCACAAGCAAUGAGAAAUUAGAUUGUAGCCUAAUGUUCUGUUGACAAUGUAAGAUUUUAGCUUUGUACCUGUUGUAUUCUCACAACAAAAAGUAAAAGCAAUGAUUUUCCUUUAGCUCCAGAAA